GUGAGCGCGGUGUGACGUGUGUUGAGGGCGGAGCUGAGGCAGCAAGAUGGCGCUGGCGGGGGCUGCGGCCGGGGAGCGCGGGUUGCAGAGUAUGGUGUGGCACCGGCUAAAAUCAUCUGUCUUCGAUGACUGUAGGAAGGAAGAAGAAUGGAAGAUAAUCCUUUUAGAUGACUUUACCACUAAACUGCUGUCAUUAUGCUGUAAAAUGACAGAUUUAUUGGCAGAAGGAAUUACUGUUGUGGAGAAUGUGUAUAAAAACCGUGAGCCUGUCCCACACAUGAAGGCAAUUUAUCUCAUUACUCCAACCAAAAAGUCUAUAGAUGGACUUAUAAAUGACUUCAUGAGUAAAUCAUCUAGCAAAUACAAAGCAGCAUAUGUCUAUUUCACUGACUAUUGCCCAGACAAUCUCUUCAAUAAAAUGAAGUCUUCCUGCUCAAAGGCUAUUAGAAGAUGCAAAGAAAUAAAUAUUUCUUUCUUCCCAUAUGAAUCUCAGGUGUUUACUCUUGAUGUCCCGGAUGCUUUCUACUGCUGUUAUAGUCCAACUUUGGAAAAGACAAGUGAUAAAGAUGCCAUGAUGGAAACAGUAGCUCAACAAAUUGUUACUUUAUGUGCCACUUUAAAAGCAAAUCCAGGAGUAAGAUAUAGAAGUAAGCCACUGGAUAAUGCCAGCAAGCUUGGGCAGCUUGUUGAAGAGAAACUUGAAAACUACUAUAAAAAUGAUGAGGAGAGCCAAAUAAAGGAUAAAAACAACUCCCUGCUGUUAAUAAUUGAUCGUGGCUUUGACCCUGUUUCCACCGUACUACAUGAACUUACCUUCCAAGCAAUGGCGUAUGAUCUGCUACCAAUUGAAAAUGAUACAUACAACAGGUAUAAAGCAGAUGGACCUAGUGGAAAGGAAAGGGAAGCAAUUUUGGAGGAGGAAGAUGAACUUUGGGUGAAAAUUCGACACAAGCAUAUUGCGGAUGUACUGGAGGAAAUACCAAAACUUUUGAAAGAAGUAUCAACAAAGAGAAAAGCAACAGAAGGAAAGUUAUCAUUAAGUAAUCUGGCCCAUCUAAUGAAAAAGAUGCCUCAUUUUCGUAAACAGAUUACUAAGCAAGUGGUCCAUCUUAAUAUAGCAGAAGAUUGUAUGAGUAAGUUUAAGUCCAACAUAGAAAAACUGUGCAAAACUGAACAGGAUUUGGCUCUUGGAACUGAUGUAGAAGGCCAGAAAGUGAAAGACUCAAUGAGAGUCCUUCUUCCAGUUCUUCUCAACAAAAAUCAUGACAAGUAUGAUAAAAUAAGAGCGAUCCUCCUUUACAUCUUUAGCACAAAUGGAACAACCCAAGAGAACUUGGACAAGUUGAUCCAGAAUGUACAGAUAGAAAGUGAUAGUGACAUGAUUAAAAACUGGCAAUACCUUGGUGUUCCUAUCAUCUUCUCAUCUGCUACUCAGCAACGUAAACAAUCAAGAAAGGACCGUUCUUCAGAGGAAACGUUUCAGCUUUCUAGAUGGACACCUGUUAUCAAAGAUGUUAUGGAGGAUGCUAUAGAAAACAAACUAGAUUCAAAGGAAUGGCCUUACUGUUCCCGGUGCCCUCCAGCAUGGAAUGGUUCAGGAGUAGUAAGUGUUCGCCAGAAAACGAAGACUAAUCAACCAGAUGACCGGAAGAGUGGCUCAAAGCUGAUUAUUUUUAUAAUUGGAGGCAUUACUUACUCUGAGAUGCGUUGUGCUUAUGAAGUUUCUCAAGCCUGUAAAUCUUGUGAAGUUAUCAUUGGUUCCACACACAUUUUGACACCUAAAAGACUACUGGAUGAUAUAAAGAAAGUUAAUAAACCAAAGGAUAUAGUCUGCAUUAAGGAUGAAACAAGAUUGUAAUGUUUCAGGUGUUAUUUCAGUGGUGCCUAACUAAAAUUUAUUAAGAGAUCCCAUAAUAUAAAUCAUAUGUAUAUAUGUUUAUUAACUUUCAAAUGCUGUAUUCAGGACAGCACAUUCUCCCAAAUAACAGAAUAACUUUUUUAUAAGUGAAAUUUGCUGCUUUUGCCAUUUUGGAGACCAGGGCAGGGCGUCUAACACUUUGGUAUAGGCAGCAGUUGACUAAAGUGCAUUCUGAAAAGGGCAUGUUUACUACUGUAACAAAUUAUGCUAAAUUUAGAAAUUGUGUUUGUAUAUACACUCUAAUGAUGUCUUCAAAAACUAAGAGUUUUUUCUAUCUUGGAAACAGGAGAGUUUAUUGCUGAAAAUGACUGAAAUAAAAGAAUCUGGCUUUAUGUAGAGGUUUCAGAGGAAAACUAAAUAUAAUAUAUGUUGAUUAUUUCACAUAAGUGCAAUGUGUCAUCUAACUAUGAAAGUUUUAUGCAACAUGUACAGUAAUUAACUGAAAAAUAUAUAGUAAGAAAUAUAAACACUCUCUAGUGAGCAUCAUUUUGUGAAAACUCCUAGGACAGAAUGUUAAUCUAAUAUACCUAUGAGACCACGCAGAUCUUCUGAGUGGGAGUUGUGUGGUGGGGUGAAAGUUAAUAAUUGAAAUACUACAUGCUUGUUACUCUCAAUAAAAUACUUUGGAGAAUGUGAUAGAAGUUUUGUAUGAAACACUAAAAAAAAUUUGGUGGGCUUUGACCCUACAGAAUUUCAUAGAAAAAAAAUACUGCUGAGAGCUCAAUUCUGUUUGCUGCUGUGUGUGUGCAAUUCAUGUAUUUUUGUUUGUAAAAUGAAUGGUCUGUGAUCAGGUAAUAAUGCAGACUCAUUAUUAGUGCCAUUUCAAAGACAUUACAACAUAAGCUGGAAAAAGUAGUAUAUCUCUUGCUCCUUUCUACCAAAGAAUUACAAAGGGGCCUGUAUCAGCAUCUGAGCAAGAUGUGGCCAACAUUAGUACUAAUCUAAUGUGUGUUGUUUAAAAAAAAAAAAAAAGUCUCCAACAGUGUGUCUGGAUGGCUAAAACUGAUUGAUAUAAAAUUAAUUGAAUUGUAUUUUUAAUUGUUUUACUUUUUGAAAAUUGACAAAUUGAGUUAGUCAAACUUACUUUUUAAUAUUCAAUUAAAUAUGUGAGUGUCUUCCAAUGCUAACGAGUUCUGCUCUUCUAGUUGAAUACAGAAACAACUUGAUGCUUAAUCUAACUACUACUUUUAUAAAUCUGACAGUAUCAUGGACUGCAUUCAGUCUUUUCAAUAAAAUUUUGAACACAG